AUGUACAAGACUCAGCUGAAGCGAUGGAAGCUGUUCAAGAACAACCGCGCCGCCGACGUGGCCGCAAUUUUGCGCUCGCAAUGCCGACGCAAUGCCGUGGGCAAAGGCAGCAUUGCCGUGCGCAAUGGCCGCCGCGUCAAUACCGAGACAUAUCUGCGCCGCAAGGGCCUCAGUGCCGAUGAUUUGUUGCGUCUGGCACCAAUAGAAACCUCGGCGGGCUCUCUGCCUCUAUACCUACGCUCUGUGACGCCUCCGGUGUUGAGGCCCCCGUCUCCCAUGCAAGGAGUAUUGCUACUGGGUCUAGCUACUCCGGGGCUGGUGAUCAAGGAGGCUGUGGGCAGCUGGGUCCUACGCGAGUGUGAGCGGCUUGAGGAACAGACGGGCACGGCCAUGGUGAUUGACUCGGGCGUCGACUGCGAAACGACGCAACAAGACAGACCACUUCUGUCAUACUAUGAAAGCACAGCCAGUAAACUCACCGCCGAGUAUUACGAUGCAAUAUGGUAA